AGAGCCCUGGCGCCUCCUUAAAGCCGCGGCUCCGCCCCGCCCGCCCCUCUCCCCCGCCCGCGGUUCCACCCAACCGCCAGGUCCCAGGCGCCUGGGCAGAGUGUCGCAGAGCCGCGAGCCUGCGAGGAGUACGCCGUCCGCUCAGUCCCCGCGCCGGGUCCCGUGUUCCCGCGUCCCCAGAUCUGCCGCCAUGGCCAGCGAGGAGCUGGCGCGCAAGCUGCAGCGGCGACUGCAGCGGGAGGAGGCGGAGGAGGGCGGCCCCCAGCCCGCGCCCGGCGCCGCCACAGCCCCGGAGCCGGAGCCCGAGCCCCCCGCCCGGGCUCCCACGGCCAGCGCCGACGCCGAGCUGAGCGCGCAGCUGAGCCGACGGCUGGACAUCAACGAGGGCGCGGCGCGGCCCCGCCGCUGCAAGGUCUUCCACCCCUACACCGAGUUCCCGGAGUUCAGCCGCCGCCUCGUCAAGGACCUGGAGAACAUGUUUAAACUGUAUGAUGCUGGACGGGACGGCUUCAUCGACCUGAUGGAACUGAAGCUGAUGAUGGAGAAGCUGGGGGCUCCCCAGACCCACCUGGGCCUGAAGAGCAUGAUCAAGGAGGUGGACGAGGACUUCGAUGGCAAACUCAGCUUCCGUGAGUUCCUGCUCAUAUUCCACAAGGCCGCAGCGGGGGAAUUGCAGGAGGACAGUGGGCUGAUGGCGCUGGCAAAGCUCUCCGAGAUCAAUGUUGCCCUGGAGGGUGUCAAAGGUGCCAAGGACUUCUUUGAAGCCAAGGUCCAAGCCUUGUCCUCUGCCAGUAAGUUUGAAGCAGAGCUAAAAGCCGAGCAAGAUGAGAGGAAGCAGGAGGAGGAGAAGAGGAAGCUCCGCCAGGCGGCCUUCCAAGAACUCAAGGCCACUUUCAGUACAUAGUCAAGCGACCUUGACCUCUGUCCACAGCUGUGCCUCACGGACACUACAGGGGGAGCUGGCCAGGCAUCCUCACUCCUGCUGACCCCUCACCCUAACCAGCUUUCACACCCACUGCCCAGUGCAAACUCCUUAGCCUCGUAGGGGUGGCAAGGGGUGGCUCUCAUCCCAGUGUGGGAGCCCCUCCCAGAAGGUUCUGGAAUGGGCCAACUGCCCACUCACCUCUCUCUGCUGCUCACCCCCUUUGUCCUUCUCUGUAGCCAGAACGUGCCUGUACUUGGCAGCCUGUACUUGUGCCUUGCCCCUUUACCAUUCCACGUCAAAGAGUGGUCUCUGUUAGUUUGUACAGAUACUUCCUUCUUUGGUGGUCCAUAGAGGAGAUAGUCCCUGGAGGGCUAUGAUGUUAAUGUUGCC